GUACAUUCGGUGCUCAAGGCCUUUCUGUUCACUUUGGCAUUAGCCGAUUUUGGAGCUGGUGCAAUUGUCAAUGAACAGGCAGGUUGAUUCCUGACGGACGAUCGGGAUGAUAUACCGUGUCUUCGAUCGGGACGAUGAUAUUGUGUAUUAGUCAAGAAGAAACGGUUUGUCACCUUACUUAUCUUGUUAUGGCUACUCACCAUUGCAGGAAUGUCGCUACCUCUGUGGAAUCACAACUCUUACAACGCCUUUGCUAAUGCUGUACUAACACUGUUCUUGAUCUUAAUGACCGCUCCAUACUUGGAGAUUUACCCGAGUCUUAAACAACAAAAUGGCCGUUAG